CACUGGACUAGCUUCACUCACCAAUCGCCUGUACAGACUGCCCUCGUCCUGCUGCAGGUUUUUGGUGUUUCUGCUAUCUAUAUAUACAUAUAUAUAUAUAUAUAUAUAUAUAUUGGUGGACGAAAUGAACAUCAUAAGACCAUGUCUGCGCUUCUCGGGAACGAGUAUUUUAUGUCGGAGCAAUGCUGCAGCAUCCAGUUUCUGUAAACUGCGUUAUAUCAGCUCCCUGGUCUCCUCAUGGCUGGGUGGUGAGCAAAGAACACUAAUCUCUAAGACAAAGGGAAACGAGGUCUUUCAGUCACCACCCUGGCAUUACCAGCAGGUCCGCACUGGGAAAAGAGGCACCGAGUAUCAGCCGAACAACAUCAAGCGAAAGAGGACUCAUGGUUGGAUUAAAAGGAUCAGCACACAGGGUGGCAUCGAGGUGAUUCUGCGUAGAAUGCUUAAAGGAAGAAAAUCACUGACACACUGAGGCACAUUGAGACUCAAGCUGAUGAAAUGGAGUGGUGUAGUUUUGAGAGAAUCACCAUUUGUUGUCUGCAAGUUGAUCUAAAUAAAGAGCUCUGUAAGAAAA